AUAUAUGAAUGUAUAUAUGCACAUAUAUAGGAGUUAUUGUAAUUCUUGAUAAUCAUGUUUUGUUAAAUUCAUUUGUAAAAAAAUGAUCUUUUUCAAAUUUUCAUAUACCCUUUUGGUUAAUUUGUUGAGUUUUUUUCUUGAAACCCCAUUUUGGUUAAUGAUCUUGAUUAGUUGAGAGAAAAUUAGGACGCCAUUUUGAUCAAAUUAUUGAUAUGUGUAUGGAAAUAUUGAGCUGAGGGUCUAUCGAAAACAACCUCUUUACCUCCCUAGACCCCACUUGAUGUGAUUACGCUAGGUGUGGUGUUGUUGAUAUAUGAUGGUUCCUUGAGCCAAGGGUCUAUUGGAAACAGCCUCUCUAUAUCUACGAGGUAGGCAUAAGGCGUUGCAUACACUCUACCCUCCCUAGACCCCACCUGGUGUGAUAAUACUAGGUGUGUUGUUGUUGAUACGUGAUGGUUCCUUGAGCUGAGGGUCUAUCGGAAACAACCUCUCUAUCUCUACGAGGUAGAGGUAAGGCCUUUCAUACACUCUGCCCUACCUGGUGGGAUUACACUAGGUAUGUUGUUGUGACAUGUGAUGGUUUCUUGAAUUGAGGGUCUAUCGGAAACAACCUCUCUACCUCCAAGGUAAGGGCUGUCGAAAAAGGACUAAAGGAGGAAGAGUACCCAAAAGCUCUUGAGUGCUUUUCUUUCCCUUUCUGAUUUUUGAGGUUUUACGAAUUCUUGAGUUAUUAGAGUUUAAGGGAGGGAAAGAAAGCAUUUACCUUGUGAGCUAACUCAAUUCGGGUGAAAAAACAAAUUUUGUGCUAGUAAAUAUGAACGGAGUCUCAGGUGUGAUGUCAAGGCAAGUAUUGCCUGCAUGUGGAAGCCUUUGUUUCUUCUGCCCUGCGAUGCGGACAAGAUCAAGGCAGCCUGUUAAGAGGUAUAAGAAGUUGAUCUCGGACAUUUUUCCUCGGUCCCAGGAAGAAGAACCAAAUGAUAGAAAAAUUGGUAAACUUUGUGAAUAUGCUGUAAAAAAUCCUUUUCGAAUUCCCAAGAUAACAAAGUCACUUGAGGAGAGGUGUUAUAAGGAAUUGAGAUACGAGAAUUUUCGAUCAGCAAAAGUUGUCAUGUGUAUAUACAAAAAGCUGGUUGUUUCAUGCAAAGAGCACAUGCCACUUUUUGCAAAUAGUCUGCUCAGCAUCUUACAAACUCUUCUAGAUCAGUCGCGGGAGAAUGACAUGCUAAUUGUCGGAUGUGAAUCACUAUUUGAUUUUGUAAAUAAUCAGAAAGACGGUACUUACAUGUUUCAUUUAGAUGGUUUUAUUCCCAAAUUGUGUCAAUUGGCACAACAAAUAGGAGAGGAAGACGGUGCUAUUCAUCUCCGCACAGUUGGCCUGAAAUCACUUUCUGCAAUGGUUUGGUUCAUGGGUGAAUAUUCCCAUGUUUCAGCGGAGUUUGACAAUAUCGUUUCAGUAGUCUUGGAAAAUUAUCCGAGGCCAAGAAAGGAAACUCAAGACGCAAACCAGAACAGGUGGGUGGAAGAAGUGCGCAAAGUUGAGGGCCACAUUUCUCCUUCCCCAGAAGUCAUCGCGAAGGUUCCCUCGUGGAGAAUCAUUGUGAAUGAGAAAGGGGAACUAAAUAUUUCAAAGGAGGAUGCAGAAAACCCAGCAUUUUGGUCACGGGUUUGCCUGCAUAACAUGGCGAAACUAGGUAAGGAGGCUACGACCACAAGGCGAGUUUUGGAAUCUUUAUUCCGCUAUUUUGAUGACGAUAAUUUAUGGCCUACUGAAAGUGGAAUCGCUGUACCUAUUCUGAAGGACAUGCAGUAUACAAUGGAUGCUUCAGGAGAGAAUCCACACCUUCUGCUGUCAAUAUUAGUCAAGCACCUAGAUCACAAAAAUGUUCUUAAACAACCUGAAAUGCAGCUUGACAUUGUUCAGGUGGUCACUUCGCUUGCUCAAACGACAAAGAUACAUCAUUCGAUGGCUCUAGUCAUUGCAAUAACUGAUAUCAUGAGGCACUUACGGAAAAGUAUACAUCAUACUCUUGAUGACGCAAAGAUGGGAGCCGAGUUAAUAAAGUGGAACCGACUUUUCCAGGAAUCAGUGGAUGAGUGCCUUGUGGAGUUAUCAAAUAAGGUUGGAGAUGCAGGUCCUAUUCUUGAUGUGAUGGCAGUAUUGUUAGAGAACAUCACAAGUAUCCAAGUGGUAGCAAGAACUACUAUUGCUGCUGUUUACCGUGCUUCUCAAAUCAUAGCUUCUAUGCCAAAUUUGUCGUACCAAAACAAGGCAUUCCCCGAGGCUUUAUUUCAUCAGUUACUCCCUGCUAUGGUCCACCCUGAUCAUGAAACGCGCGUUGGAGCUCACCGAAUCUUUUCUGUUGUCCUUGUUCCAUCUUCUGUUUCCCCUCAGAAGGUAUCGGAGGAAACCCGCCUAAGGAAAGCAGCAGAUUUUUCAAGAGCACUCUCUAGAACUGUUUCUGUCUUCUCUUCUUCAGCUGCUCUUUUCGGAAAGCUGAGAGAUCAGAGGUCUUCUUCACUCGAGAAUGGUAAUCUUGAAAUGGAACAGAAAGGUAACAGUGGUGGGAUGCUGAACAGAAUAAAGUCAACGUAUAGCGUGAGAGGCUCUCCUGCAUCUGUUGAAGAGUCUACAAACAAACCAAGUAGCGAAGUGGGUCCUAUUUCUCUGAGACUCAGCAGCCACCAAAUCGUACUCCUUCUCUCCUCGCUAUGGGUACAAUCCAUUUCUCCUGAAAAUAUGCCUGAGAAUUAUGAAGCCAUUGCUCACACAUUUAGUCUCGUCUUACUAUUUUCUAGAGCAAAGAACUCGUACCGUGAAGCUCUAGUGCAAAGUUUUCAGCUUGCCUUUUCACUGAGAAAUGUUGCACUCGUUGAAAGAGGAUCACUACCACCAUCACGUAAAAGAUCUCUCUUUGUGUUGGCGACAUCUAUGGUUGUUUUCUCAUCAAAAGCAUAUAAUAUACCUUCUCUCAUUCCCCUUGUCAAGGCUACACUUUCAGAUAAAACGGUUGAUCCAUUUUUGCAUUUGGUUGACGAUAGCAAACUACAAGCUUCUGAUUCAAGUUCCGUUCCCGGAAAAGUUACAUACGGAUCCAAGGAAGAUGAUAGUUCUGCGCAGAAACGUCUGUCGGAGAUAAAUAUCACAGACGAACAGUCAACGGGAUCCAUGAUUUCCUUAAUCCUAAAGAGCUUACCUAAUCUAUCAGAUCUUGAAAUGUCAGCUACAAGGGAGGAGUUGCUUAAGAAAUUUUCACCAGAUGAUUCGGAUUCCUUGGGGACUCAGUUUUUCACCGAUGCUCAACAGAGAGCUCAGCAGUCUAAUUCAGUUGAUCUGUCCUCAAUAUUUGACGAUAAUGGUCCAGAUUUAUUUCAAAGCGGUUCCGAACAGAAAGAACAAUCAGCCGUCGAUAUUCCCAAUUUGUUGAGUGUCAAUCAACUUUUAGAAUCUGUUUUGGAGACGGCACAACAAGUAGGGAGAAUCUCCGUGAGUGCGGAACCUGAAUUUUCGUACAAAGAAAUGGCUCAUCAUUGUGAGACACUUAUGACGGGAAAACAACAAAAGAUGUACAAUUUGAUGAAUAGCCAACAUAGACGAGAUAAUGCACUGAUCGAAAUAUCAGAGAAUUCCAGUGUACAAGACAAAGAAAGCACUUCUGAUAACCAGAUCGACAAUCAGGUUAAAAACCAACUCGCAGAUCAGAAAGUAGCGAAUGUUUCUGAUAAACCAACACAAGGAACAGUUCCUCGGCAUAAUGGAGCAGAACUUCAAAGUAAUCCGGAAUCCUUCAGGUUACCGGUAUCAAGUCCAUAUGACAAUUUUUUGAAAGCUGCCAGAUGGUAGAUAGAAUAGGAAUCGUUCCGAACAGAAAUGUUUGUGAGAUUACUCCUCCCCUCUUGAUGGCAAGGUGGACUUUGUAUUCGCCGAAGCCUUAUCUGGUUGUAGAGCAUUUUCUGCAACUGAGAUUCGGAAGAUGUUCAUGCAAACGGGCCUGCAGACAAAGAAAGUGCGCGCCAAGUCCGCGCCAGAGUUGUAGAUAACACAUAGUUUGUAACUCAUCAUACACAUAAAAGUUGUUCAUUCUUUCAUUUUUUUUCUUUUUUUUUUCUUUCCUAUUUUGAGUUGAAAUGUUGGUUAAGAUGUUAGGUUUUGCUGUCUUAACCAAUGCUUACUGUUGUAUAAUAUCAAAUCUUUGCUUUUUUUAUUUCAUUUUUAGUGAUUUUAGAUGGAGCUAUGAUUUUCAUCUUCUGGUGUAUGCAAACACUGCUGUUUGAAAUGGAAAAAAAAAAAACAUUCUUUUUGUUGUUCU